CCUUGGCCAGGCCCUGCCUCCUUGCUUUCAGGGAGCCCUUUGUCGGCGGCUGCGGCCAUGCUGUGCCCAUAGCCCCCCGUUUUGUCUUUGCCUGCCAUCAUGCGGUUGGUCUAUGGGGCACUGGUGCUGAGCUCGAUGUUCCUGCGGGAGGACCUGCGUGGGGACCGGGAGCAAAGAGUGUCCCCCCCGUUACACAGCUCACCAGACAAGUGCAUCCAGUUCCAGAACACCUUCGGCUUCCCAGAGGUCUUCUGCUGGGCCUCCUCCCAGUAUCCAUGGGCCCUGCGCCUGGCUGGAGUGGCCGCUCUCCUCCUCUGGGUGUGGGCUCAGGCCUGGAACAAAGGAGCCCCGCCAAAGCCAAAGCCUGAGACACAGAGAGAACUGGACUUCCAAAUCCCACAGAAAAGAGGCUCUCUGUGUAUCUGUGGGGAACCACUAAUUUCCAGAUUUGAAAGAUUUGAGCCACUUCACAGGAGAUGGGGCUCUUCUUCAGUGGUCUGUCGCAUCUCCGGAGUCGACAAAUCAGAUUAUUACAGAAGGAAAUAUCCUCCCGUCAUUCCGAAGAUCCUCUCUUCGUCUUCUUCUUCCUCCUCAUCCUCCUCUUCAAUCCAAUUAAAACAUCUGGCGGUUCAGUCCAGUUGUGGACUAUUUCAGACGGUGACCACAGAGGAGUCUUCAUGGAUGGUCUCCGAUUCCUUGGAAGAGCCAGAAAGCAAAACGUUUGAUCCGUCCUCUGAAGUAGAUGAUCCCAAAUCACAUAAAAUUGAGCAGAAAGACUCCCCUGUAUAUCAUAGAUGCCCUGACGUGAAAAAGUCUGAGCCCCAAAUAACAGAAUGCUCAGAAAUACAUGAAAGGCCAGAGAAACGCCUUCCUGAGAAACGCCUUCCUGAGAAACACUUUCCCGAGAAACACUUUCCCGAGAAACGCCUUCCCGAGAAACACCUUCCUGAGAAAUGCCUUCACGAGAAACACCUUCCUGAGAAACACCUUCCUGAGAAACGCCUUCCUGAGCAACAUGUGCCUUCGUUUGCACAAAUCAAUUUUGUCCAGAGCUCGGCAUUUAAAAAAGACGAUGAGGUCUUUUUGGUGGAGAAAUCUCUUCAAAUCUGCAUGGUGCCCCCAGAUGGGGACAACCCCCCAAUCUUAAUUGAGGGAGAAGGAGGCGAUAAACCCAAUGUGCUGGCUUUGCUAGGCCGAAUAGUGAACCUUGAAGAGGAUUUGAAAGUGGAGAAACCUCCGACGCCGAAGGCCCUUCCGCGAACUGAACGUUUUGGGUGGAAUGUAGCCGUCCGCACCUCUUCGGCUGUGUCUGAUUUUGACCCAAACGUAUUAAUUGUGGACAAAAUGGGGGCAGGAAUUCUGGGUCUCCUGGAGUUUCAUGUCAAAAAGAAAAUGGUGCAGCAUCACUGUGGAGCACCCACAGUCGUGGUGCGAUCACUGCAGCAUUUCCAGUCUCUGGAGGACUUCAGCCCAAUGGCGCGGUCAGCAAAGGGGUUAACUCCCAUCUGCGCCAGGAGUCCGGCCAGCCUUGUUUUGGCACACAGAAAUGUCAAGCCGAUCUAUGCCAAACCUCGGCAGAAACCCCUCAAAGAAAGGGAACGUUAUGUCUUGCAUCGGGCAGCAGAACCGAGGAGAGUCACCUCUUUCAAGAAGAAGCCCAGGGUUGUGAUGCCAUCAUCUCAAGGUCCGAGGGAGAGGUACGUCCUCCUCUCAAUGCAGCCAGACGAACUCAAGCGGAUUGUGUUUCACCUCACGGUGAAAAUGCUCGAAAUCAAGAGGGGGGCCUUCCCCAAAAUCGUGGAGAACUCCUUCCGCACCUUCAGCCGCUUCUCCUGCCGCCCGCUGCCCAAGACCAUCCGCCUGGGAAACAAGGUCCCCCGGGCGAAGAAGCCUACCCUGCCUUUCAUCCCCGAAGAGAUCAUGUGCCUCCUUGACCUCAACAUCAAGCACAAGUACUUGGUCUAUGCGUGGAGGCUCCCCACACCCUUCAAAGAGGCCAGCGGCGCCUCCCCACGCCCUUCAAAGAGGCCAGCGGCACCUAAGACCCCUGCCUUAGCUGACAAAGAGGUAGUGCAGGCUCAGCUUUCGGGGCAAAUCCUUGCGCCCCCAUCGUCACAAAUGCCACUUGGUGUUCCGCCUUGUCCUUCGUUGGUGCUUGCUGAAGAAUUCCCAGAAAGACUUGCCCAACCUCUGGAAGAGGACAUGAAAGAGGGACGUCUGGAGAUGAUGCAAGAAGAGCAUUUGGAGAAAAUGUAUAAGGACCAAGGAGUGCAAACGCAAGAAGAACACCCAGAGGAAAUAAAAGAGGGACGUCUGGAGAUGAUGCAAGAGGAGCAUUUGGAGAAAAUGUAUAAGGACCAUGGACAGCAAACGCAAGAAGAACACCCAGAGGAAAUGAAAGAGGGACAUCUGGAGAUGAUGCAAGAGGAGCAUUUGGAGAAAAUGUAUAAGGACCAAGGAGUGAAAACGCAAGAAGAACACCCAGAGGAAAUGAAAGAGGGACAUCUGGAGAUGAUGCAAGAGGAGCAUUUGGAGAAAAUGUAUAAGGACCAUGGACAGCAAACGCAAGAAGAACACCCAGAGGAAAUAAAAGAGGGACGUCUGGAGAUGAUGCAAGAGGAGCAUUUGGAGAAAAUGUAUAAGGACCAUGGACAGCAAACGCAAGAAGAACACCCAGAGAAAAUGAAAGAGGGACAUCUGGAAAUGAUGCAAGAGGAGCAUUUGGAGAAAAUGUAUAAGGACCAUGGAGAGCAAACGCAAGAAGAACACCCAGAGAAAAUGAAAGAGGGACGUCUGGAGAUGAUACAAGAGGAGCAUUUGGAGAAAAUGUAUAAGGACCAUGGACAGCAAACGCAAGAAGAACACCCAGAGGAAAUAAAAGAGGGACGUCUGGAGAUGAUGCAAGAGGAGCAUUUGGAGAAAAUGUAUAAGGACCAUGGACAGCAAACGCAAGAAGAACACCCAGAGGAAAUGAAAGAGGGACGUCUGGAGAUGAUGCAAGAGGAGCAUUUGGAGAAAAUGUAUAAGGACCAUGGACAGCAAACGCAAGAAGAACACCCAGAGGAAAUGAAAGAGGGACGUCUGGAGAUGAUGCAAGAGGAGCAUUUGGAGAAAAUGUAUAAGGACCAUGGAGAGCAAACGCAAGAAGAACACCCAGAGGAAAUGAAAGAGGGACGUCUGGAGAUGAUACAAGAGGAGCAUUUGGAGAAAAUGUAUAAGGACCAUGGAGAGCAAACGCAAGAAGAACACCCAGAGGAAAUGAAAGAGGGACGUCUGGAGAUGAUGCAAGAGGAGCAUUUGGAGAAAAUGUAUAAGGACCAUGGAGAGCAAACGCAAGAAGAACACCCAGAGGAAAUGAAAGAGGGACAUCUGGAGAUGAUGCAAGAGGAGCAUUUGGAGAAAAUGUAUAAGGACCAAGGAGUGCAAACGCAAGAAGAACACCCAGAGGAAAUGAAAGAGGGACGUCUGGAGAUGAUGCAAGAGGAGCAUUUGGAGAAAAUGUAUAAGGACCAAGGAGUGAAAACGCAAGAAGAACACCCAGAGGAAAUGAAAGAGGGACAUCUGGAGAUGAUGCAAGAGGAGCAUUUGGAGAAAAUGUAUAAGGACCAAGGAGUGAAAACGCAAGAAGAACACCCAGAGGAAAUGAAAGAGGGACAUCUGGAGAUGAUGCAAGAGGAGCAUUUGGAGAAAAUGUAUAAGGACCAAGGAGUGAAAACGCAAGAAGAACACCCAGAGGAAAUGAAAGAGGGACAUCUGGAGAUGAUGCAAGAGGAGCAUUUGGAGAAAAUGUAUAAGGACCAAGGAGUGAAAACGCAAGAAGAACACCCAGAGGAAAUGAAAGAGGGACGUCUGGAGAUGAUGCAAGAGGAGCAUUUGGAGAAAAUGUAUAAGGACCAAGGAGUGAAAACGCAAGAAGAACACCCAGAGGAAAUGAAAGAGGGACAUCUGGAGAUGAUGCAAGAGGGACUCCCUGAAAAAACGGAAGAGCAACAUCCAGAGAAGAUGCAAGAGGCUGGAGGCCAGGAGCCCAAGGAGGAUCUCCUGCCUUCCUCUGUGGAGAGUCCAAAGCCUCCUGCAGAAGUGACCGAACAUGAAGAAAGGUCAAGGAUGGAGCCAGAAGGACACUUGACUAGCACUGUCCUCCCACCGAUGGUGGCCAGAGAGGCCCUGCCUGGAGUGGAUGAUGAGCAAAUGAUGGGGAAGGAAGAAGCUACAAUGUCCCUGAAACAGAUGGAGCCUAGAAGGUCCGAGGAGGUGCCUCUGCCGCUUCCCUUUGUCCAAAAAGGUCGAAAUAGGGAGGGAUCCAGGACCAAAGGGAACGAAGGACCUCUAGAGCAGCCAGAGAGGACACCGUCCCACAAGGCUGUCCUCAGGCCUGGGACGGAGGAAGCGCCCAAGCGUCCGAAGGAGGCCUCCACCAUGAGGGCCAGCCUCAUGCUGCAGCUGGACCUGGCCAAGGAGAAGCUCAACCUGCACCUCCAGAAGAAGAUGGACGCCAAGCUGCAACCGACGCAAGGGGCCAGGCUGGACCUCGACAUGAGGCUCGAAGGAAGGAACAAAAGCCAUCGCCGCCGCCACCCUCACCGCAGCGACCGCCCGGCCUCUCGCUCCGAGUCCCAACCCCACCGGCCCUUCUGCUACGUCUGCAUGCCUCUGGACGACAGCGGCUCAGCCGUCAAGACCGUCCGCUGGAUGCUUCCCAGUUGGAUUCAGGAGAUGAACGGCCACCGGGUGCCACUCGUGGCCCGCUUCGAGAGAAAGUCCGCCAGGAGCCAAUGAAGUGAAUGGGGAGUGAUGGUGCCUUGCUAGCAGCGGGAAGGGAGCUCUCUUUGGUAUAGACAUCAGUCCUGCAAGAAUCCAGAAUAACAGAAAGAAAGGGAUUGAGGAAUGAAACAAAA